AUGACCAUCUCGCGCUGUUUUCACCUCGAUGUACGCUGGUUAGCAUGCAGUGGCAUUGCAGCGGAUGAAUUCGUAAAUACCGUGCGACGUCGUGCCAAGCAAGCAGGUCUGGAUCUACGCCGUGUUCCGGAAUAUUCCAGUGUCUCUCGUGUUCAGAUUCAUCCACUGAUUGCUUCCGUUUUUCUCCCACUUCCUGUCCAAAUCUCCGAAUCGUUUGCUAAUGUGAUGACUGAAUCUCUUGAAUUUGUGUUGGAUGACGAAAGGAUUGCAGAUAGAAGUGGAAUCGGAUACGGGCUUGGAAUUGAACAGGAAUCGACGUCAAGCAAAACGAAAACCCAAGUCCGCGGCCACCGCCGUUCACCGUCGGCCAAUGCUCGCAUGUUACUAGAGCGCUGGCAACAACGGGGCUAUAAGCAAUUUAUCCAUCGUCACGUCCAUGUGUUUGUGCGAUUGAUCCACGAUGGUCUCAUCUGGAUUCCUGGCUAUGACUACAAUUGCAGGGGAGACGGAGCUGCUAAUGUGACUGCGGCCAACGAAUUAUUUCAAAAAGUCUGUCACACAAUUGCAUCGCAAUGUGGUGAAAACUCUUGCAGUGACGAAGUAGAAGCAUGUAGCCGUUAA